AAUGGUUGUUUUGGUUUUAAAAACAAUCGUUGUCCAUGGCCAAAAGGAAAAGGCAUGGGAGGUUCAUCAAUAAUAAAUGCCAUGUUUUACACAAGAGGAAAAAAAGAAGAUUACGAUACAAUUGCAGCAUUGGGAAAUGAUGGUUGGGCUUACAAUGAUGUAUUGCCUUAUUUUUUGAAAUCUGAGAACAAUUCUAUACCAGAAUAUCAAAACUCACCAUUCCAUUCACAAAAAGGAAAUGUACAUGUUGAACGAGUAAGAUAUCAUUCAACGCGCGUUGAUAAAUUUAUAGAAGCUGGUGGAGAAUUAGGAUUAAAAAAAAAUAUUGAUUAUACAAUUGAUCCUGAACAUGGAGUAUCCCGUUUCCAAGUCGCAACUCUAAAUGGACAUCGAGUUAGUGCGUCUAAAGCCUUUAUUCGACCAGUCAAAAAUCGUCAAAAUCUUCAUGUGGCAAUUCUUAGCCAAGCAACAAGAAUAAUCAUUGAUCCCAAAACUAAAAAAACAAUUGGAGUGGAGUUUAUUAAAAAAGGAAAAAUUAGAACAGUAUAUUCUAAAAAAGAAGUAAUUCUAUCUGCUGGGCCCAUUAAUUCACCAAAAUUAUUGAUGUUAUCGGGUAUUGGACCAAAAUAUGACUUAAAGAAUCAUGGUAUACCAGUAAUCCAAGAUUUACCAGUUGGAAAAACUUUACUUGACCACUAUGGAACAUUGGCUUUAAAAUUUGAAGUAAAUCAAACUGGACCAGUAAUAACGAAAGCUGCUAUAUCAGACAAACAUUUAUUUGAAGAAUGGUUCAAAUAUGGCCGAGGACCAUUAACAGCACCAGCAGGAGCAGACGGUUUAGGUUAUGUAAGGGCACCAUCUGGCAAAGGGGUCGAAUUAAUAUUUGGUCCCAUAUCAGAUGAACCAAAUAUGUUUUUUAUUGCAACUCUCCUGUUACAACCAGACGCUCGUGGAAACGUGACUUUGAAAAACAAUAACCCAUUAGAUCCGCCCAUUAUGUCCUAUGGUUAUUAUGAAAACAAUACUACUGAUUUAGAAGACAAUGUUUUUGCACUUAAAUAUGCAGUUAAAUUAGUAGAAGAAACACAGGCAUUUAAAGAUAUCGCAGCUAAACUAAGUCCAAUACCAUACCCAAAAUGUACGCAUAUACCAUUUAAAUCUGACGAUUAUUGGGUUUGUCUAUCACAACACCUGACAAAUACCUGGCAUCAUCAAUGUAGUACAUGCAGGAUGGGGGAUGUUGUCAACAAUAAAUUACAAGUCAUUGGUAUUCAAGGAUUAAGAGUAGUAGACAGUUCAGUACUUCCAUAUAUUCCGCAUGGACAUACAUAUGCCCCAACUUUAAUGAUUGGUGAAAAGGGAGCAGAUAUGAUUCGAAGCUUUUGGUCAAAGUAAUUUAUUUGAAUAAAAUAUUUAUUUUCACAGUUAAGUUAUGAUUAUUAAAUUUAUUAUGAUAUUAUCCUUUAAUUUUUAUUUACUCUUGUAUAGAAUACAAUACGUAUUCUAUCAGUAAUUUUUUAGUCGUACCUAUAUAAUUAUAAAUUUUUUUUUUUUUUAAAUUAAUAAUUUAGGUAAAUUCAAAUCA